UUUUAAAUUGGAUCGAUUAAUAAUCAAAUGUUUCAUUUAUAAUAUUGGAAAUAAGUUGUGAAGUGCAUGAAGUUUUGAUAAAAAGUCAUUCGAAGAAUAGGCGCCAAAUUGUUCACUGGUCGCUAUCUUUUUUGUUAAAAAUUGAUGUGACUGCUGGCCUAUUUCAGUAGUCUCUCACAAUGUUUUACGCACAUUUUGUGCUGGCCAAGAAAGGCCCUCUGGCCAAGAUUUGGCUGGCUGCACAUUGGGAUAAGAAACUGACUAAGGCCCAUGUAUUUGAGACUAAUAUUGAGAAAUCUGUCGAUGGCAUUUUGAAACCUAAGGUGAAGAUGGCUUUGCGAACCUCUGGCCAUCUGUUGCUGGGAGUGGUGAGGAUCUACUCUAGAAAAGCCAAGUAUUUGUUGCAAGAUUGUAAUGAGGCAUUUGUCAAGAUCAAGAUGGCCUUCCGGCCAGGCAUGGUGGACUUGCCUGAGGAACACAGGGAGGCUGCAAUGAAUGCAAUUACCCUACCUGAAGUUUUCCAUGACUUCGAUACAGCCAUGCCGGAACUAAAUGAAGUGGACAUUGAGGCUCAGUUUUCCCUAAACCAGUCUAGAGCAGAGGAGAUCACCAUGCGUGAAGACUAUGGUUCUCUGAACUUAGUCACCCAUGAUGAUGGCUUUGGAGACAUGGGUUUUGAUACUGACAACCCAGAUAUUAUGCGAGAGGCUAUUGGCACGGAAGGUGCAUUGGAACAGAGCAACCUAUUAUUUGGCGAUGGAUCGUCCAUUGCGAUCCAACUGGGCAAGGAUGCAGGCGUGCCCAGCACCAGCGCAGGGGUGCCCACGUUGGCCACUCCAGCACACGACAGAAGGAUGGAAGCGGCGCCUCAUGGGCCCAUGGACGACGGCUUUGGAGGCACUAUUGGUGAUGUUCCUGAUUUUGGACAUGCGGGCGGUCUGUUUGAAGGCGAUUUGUUCGGCGAGGUGUCGGGCACGAGCGCGCCCGCCGCGCUGCCCGGCGCCGAGCCCGCGCAGUCGCUGCAGGCGGAGAUAGAGGCGGCCGCGGCGAGCGGCGACGACGGCGCGGCGGCGGACGCGCCCGACUCCGACGACGACAUGGCCGACCACUACGACGCCGCCGAGCCGCAGCACAGUUGGGGCUCGUCUCCCACUCGGGACGAGCUGAUGUUGCCGGCCGCGGAACUAAUGCCGCCGCCCAGCGUGCCGCGGCCGCCUUCUACGAGACCCAUGGAAGUGGACGGCCUGCCGGAGGCGGAGCCGCGCGCGGCGUCCCCGGCGCCCGCCGACACCACGCUGCUCAACAACGAGGAGGAAUCCUUCGCGCUGGCGCCCGUGGACGCCACGGUACUCAAAGGCAUAACAAAAACAAAACGCAAGCGUAAGCUUAUAGUUGACGAAGUCAAAAACAUAUCUGGUGAAGAAAUGAAGAAUCAGCUUAGCAACACAUCGGAUAUCGUGACCACAUUAGACCUGGCACCUCCCACUAGAAGACUGAUGCAUUGGAAGGAGACUGGCGGAGUAGAGAAGUUGUUCACUCUACCGGCUAGGCCCAUACCCUCAAGGGUGUUGUUCAAGAAAUAUCAACGCAACAUGAUCAUGCGCACGGAGGCGGAGGAAGCGGAAGCGGCGCGGUCGCCCGAACCCGAGCCCGUGAGGAGGCAAGGCAGGAAACGAAGACAUGAAGAGUCUAUACUCCCCCCCGAGACGCCCGCGCCGGCCCCCGCCGAGUUGGAGCCGCCCACGCCGGUGCCGCAGGAAUACGAACCUUCCGUCGACUCGGAGCGGCCGCCGGAGGGCUUCCAGACGCCGAGAUCGGACGUCGACGAACCGCACACACCAGGAGGCAUGCUGAGCGCGCUGGGCUCCCCGCUGACGCCGGGCGCGCUGCUGCCGGGCGGCCUCACGCCCGCCGGCCUGCCGCACGCCGCGCUCACCCCCGGUGGCCUUCAACACGGCGGCAUGACACCGGCGGGUCUGCAGCACGGAGAUCAGCCCAUGGACCUCGGCGGCAUGACGCCUGCCGGGCUACAUCACGGGGGUAUGACGCCGGGAGGCAUGACACCUGGACUAGGUCUGGACAGCGGGAUGACUCCAGGCGGACUCGCCCACGGAGGGUUAACACCAGGUGGUUUAGAUCACGGUGGGAUGACGCCAGCAGAUUUAGCCCACGGGGGGAUGACGCCCGCCGGUCUUGCACACGGGGGAAUGACUCCCGCGGGACUGCAACACGGGGGAAUGACUCCUGCGGGGCUACAUCAUGGAGGAAUGACGCCAGCGGGACUGGGCCAUGGUGGCAUGACGCCAGCGGGAUUACAUCACGGGGGAAUGACGCCAGCUGGGCUACAGCAUGGUGGCAUGACGCCUUCAGGUCUCCAACACGGCGCCAUAAUGCACAGCAUGUCUCAACUGCCGAUGAUGCCUCAACUGGGAGGAGAGCAGGUGUCCUCUCUGCUCUCCCGCAGCGCCGUGUCGCAGUCUCACGAGCUGCAGGCCCCCAUGGAGCCAUUCCACCCGCUGGAGGAGCAUUCAGACUAUCAGGCUGGCAUGCAAAUGACAAAUUUAGGUUACGACGAUCAGCAGGGUCAUCAUAGUCCGCAACACGAUUACGACUUGCCGGCUACACCGGAAAAUGCGGAGGAAGGCGAGCGCGAGGCGGGCGAGACAGACGAGCAGUUUGAAGAGAGAGUGUUGAACAGACGAGCGGCGCAACUGUUCGCCGCAAUGCGACCGAAGUUAGCCGCCGGACUGCAACUCUGCUUCGACGACCUGGCGCCCAGGCACAACAAUAGGAAGCAGGUUGCGCAGAAAUUCUACAGUUUAUUAGUUCUGAAGAAACAUCAAGUGUUAAAAGUAGAACAAGAAGAGACAUAUGGAAUUAUCACAAUCGCGCGGGGCAACCAGUUCGAAACUGAAGCGAUCUAAAUUAUAUAUUUCUAUUAGUUUGUAAUUUAGCUGUUUAGUGUGCUAAGCGGUCAGCGGCUGCGCUCACUCAGCACAGAGAUGAUAUCAAUUUAGUUAUAUAAUGCGAGUAUGUGAAUGUAUUUGUAAUGAUAAUUAGAUAUUUGUCCCUUUGUAGACGCCGAUUCCUUUCAGACAAUCCUUUCUACAUUAGAGCCUCUUCAAAUUUUAUGAACUUGUCUGCAACGAAACAAAUGUCUAACAGGACUAGGUCGAGCCAAAAAUAUUGUGUAAGUUGAUCUUUUACUUGAGUUUGUGGAAACUUAAUUUUGGACCAAAUAACAUAACGAGUGAUGAUCUCAUAAAAAACAGAUUGCGUUCAGUUUCCAUGACUCGAUUAAAAAGUGGACAUUUGAUACAAAAGUAAUGUUCGGUCGAGGUAACUCGUAGGAAAAUGCCUUAUUUUGUUUUGCAGUAGGUUAAGUGGGAUCUUUAUAUUGAGCUGUUUCUAUACCGUUGGAUUUGCCUUACACACGCCAUUUUGCUGAACAAUAAACCAGAAAUGCAGCAGUGAUUGUUAUUCCCAAAUAUUGAAAUAAAGUUCUAUAGUUAUUGUAUAAACGUUAGAUUAGUUGUCUUGUUUGAAGUUAUCAGGUAAUAAGAGAAUAGUAUUGCUAUAUUGUUGACUUUCCAUUUUUAUCCCAAAAUUAUGUAAGUGAAUACUGAUAAGAGAAAUUAUGUUAUGAUUUAUACAUAUUUAUAAACAUUCUCAAGGAAGUGUAGACAUUCAAUCAUAUUUUGUUGCUCGUUAUUGAAUUUAUUUAUUAUUUGCUUGCAUGUAAAGUAGAUAACAACAGUAUUGCAGUUUGAAAUUAUGUUGGUGUAAUGUAUAGUCGAAAUUCAUGUUAACAUUUAGUUAGCUGUUUUAAGGCAAAAUAAUGGUACAAGAGUAGUUUAUAAAAGUGUAGUAUAAUAUCUUUGACACCAAAUAAGAGUACUCUAACGUUAUUGGUUAUACUAAGGAACAGCAGAAAAGUAUAUAAAACUAAAUUUUUUACUUAUCAAUAGGGUGUGAGAAUGACUGGUUUUUACGUUUCUUUGAGAAAAAUAUUUUAUAAAAUUGUGUUAUUCAACUCUCAAAGUGAAUACAAUCCAAUCCAAACUUGGUUUGGAUGUAUUCAUUUUGAUAUCAACAGAGAGUCAAUAUUGCAAAAUUAUCUGUAUCAAGUAUAAGAAUGCAUGGGUCUGUUUGGUAAAAAAAUAGUACACGUGUGACAUUUUGUAAUACAAAAUUUAAGAGAUUGCUUCUAUCAGAUUAGAAAUGAUUUUUUUUGGUAGAAGUAUUCCCUUGGAUUCCUUUUUAUUUCAUUAACCAUAUUGCAAUGAAUAAAUUUGUUGAGAAUAAAAAUGUAUU